UUGGAAAAAAAAAAAAAUAGAUCAUCCUGUUUGUCCGUGCAGCCACCCUCUGGUAUUCUCCCCAUCUGGCUGUCUCUACAGCCCUGGGCCUGUCAGCUCUGAGUAAGUGUGUACCAGCAGCUAUUAAUAGCAGAGUUCUACAACAGUCUGCUGUCACAGAUGGAAUCUGAGCUUCUGAAGACUAAGACCAUCAAGACUCAUUACAAAGAAAGCACUGCAUUCUUUGGCACUUAAUACAAUUAAGCUGUCUAUAAAUAAAGAACAUCUUUAAAGCAAUACCCCAGCCUUUGAUGGUAGAUCCCAUCCUCUGAUUGGACCAUUGAUACGAAAGUUUCUCCUUGAUGAUGGCAAGUGAAUGUGAAUCUAAAUCUAAAACUGUAUGUAAAAUGGCAAGAAAAUGUCUUUCAAUAGGAAACAAUAAAAAUAUCUGAGAGCAGAAUAUAAACUCCAUCGCAACAAUGAAAAUUCAAGGCAGGGGGAGCCUUCGAAUUAGUGUACUUGGUGAAUUGCAGAAUCCAUGCAGGAAAGGGUUGCUUCUUCACUUCCAUGGGCCGUGACCAUCUUGGGAGCCAGGACAGCUGCCAGGAAAGAAAGUGUCCUUGCUUAUUAGAUGGACACACAUGUAUGUACUUCACAUCGACUGUGGACACUCCCAAUUCUUUUCCCCUGAAUGAGGCUGAGAUUGCUCCCUCUCAAGGAACUGUCUUAGUGUUUCUAUUUAAGGGUGUAGCGAGAAGAUGGAAAAAGGGAUUAAAGUCUAUUUCUGCGCCCUCUUUCCCCAUGAUCCCUUUCUUCCCCAGUAUUUAUCAAGAGAAUUAAAUAGGAUUUAUGAAAUCAGAUUAACUACUCGUGUCAUCUGUUUUAUACUCAAAUAAUAUCAGAGAUGCAGCAAAGCCAGGAAACUGAAAAUCCAAUGCUAUGUGUGGAAUUGAGUCUUUAGCAGUACUUAUUGUAUAGAUGAAUGGGAGAAUUUUCUUUGUUUUCCUAUCUUGUUAGAAUGUGGAUUCUGUGAAGGCAAGGCCAUCCUGUGCUUCGUUCACUUCUCUAUCCCCAGCAUCUACCACAGUAGACAUGUAUAUUACAGUUAAGGCAGCUUGCAAGCUGGAAAGGGCUAUUGUAAAUUUCUUCUCUGCUCUGUGCAGAAAAAUGAUGCCUCAGUCUUUUCUUCAUAGAAGACAUUUGAGUAUAAUUAACUGAUGUAAUCUGUGUGCACUUUCCCUUUGACAUUUAAACAUUUCAAACUGUAAUGUACAAUCCAUGGUAGUUUUUGUUUGACCUGGGGUCAGAAUUUUCAAACUUCGGUUUCCAUGUGGUACUUGGAAAAUGAUUCUCAGGCCCAAAACAGUAAAUUCAUUUAGGAAUGUAGUUUAUUCUCUUGGCCUAGAUAUUUGAUAUUUUCUACUGAUAGCUUUUGUGGAGAGAUUGGGAGUGUGGAUUUACAAUGCAGGGCAAUAAUCCCUGUCAUUUAAGCUGGCUCAUUUAUUGAUUGCUAUAGAUAUUGCAAUUAUGUAUAAUUACAGCCUUAUGACGUACUUGGCACCAAUGAUAUAACAGUGAGUAUGGCAGAAAAAACAUGGAUUUAGUGGGAGAAGAGGUUGGGAGGAAGCAGAAAUUUAACAAGCAGUUCUCAUCAAGUGCAGUACACCUUAGUAAUUAGCACAUACUAUGAAGUAAUGCUCCAGUAAAAUUGAAGAAAGAAGGUAGAAAUACAUAUUAAAUAGCAAUGUAAGAAAGCAGAUAGCCCAGGGUGGUAGGUGAUUCUGUUGCCAACUUCAUGGUAUAUAUGAAUAUAGAGUAAGAUUUACUUACUGUGAAUUGAUACUAUCUCAGAAUGUUCAUGGAGAAGAGGGGUUUCAACUGGAUAUUUCUUUAUUCAUUUGUGCAGUGACAGAAGAUACUCCAUCCAUUGGUUCACUCCCCUAAUGGCUGCAAUCAAUGGGGAUUUUUUGGGCUGAAGUCAGGAGCCCACAUGGAUGGCAGGGACCCAAGUACCUGGGCCAUUCUUUGAUGCCUUCCCAAGAGCUUUAGCUGACAUUAUCUCUACGGUAGAAUUCAACCACACGGGAGAAUUACUAGCGACAGGGGACAAGGGGGGUCGGGUUGUAAUAUUUCAACGAGAGCAGGAGAGUAAAAACCAGGUUCACCGCAGGGGUGAAUACAAUGUUUACAGCACAUUCCAGAGCCAUGAACCCGAGUUCGAUUACCUGAAGAGUUUAGAAAUAGAAGAAAAAAUCAAUAAAAUAAGAUGGCUCCCCCAACAGAAUGCAGCUUACUUUCUUCUGUCUACUAAUGAUAAAACUGUGAAGCUAUGGAAAGUCAGCGAGCGUGAUAAGAGGCCAGAAGGCUACAAUCUGAAGGAUGAGGAGGGCCGGCUCCGGGACCCUGCCACCAUCACAACCCUGCGGGUGCCUGUGCUGAGACCCAUGGACUUGAUGGUGGAGGCCACCCCACGAAGAGUAUUUGCCAACGCACACACGUAUCACAUCAACUCCAUAUCAGUCAACAGUGACUAUGAAACCUACAUGUCUGCUGAUGACCUAAGGAUUAACCUAUGGAACUUUGAAAUAACCAAUCAAAGUUUUAACAUCGUGGACAUCAAGCCGGCCAACAUGGAGGAGCUCACGGAGGUGAUCACGGCGGCCGAGUUCCACCCCCACCACUGCAACACGUUCGUGUACAGCAGCAGCAAAGGGACAAUCCGGCUGUGUGACAUGCGGGCGUCGGCCCUGUGUGACAGGCACACCAAGUUUUUUGAAGAGCCGGAAGAUCCAAGCAACAGAUCGUUUUUCUCUGAAAUUAUCUCUUCGAUUUCGGAUGUCAAGUUUAGCCACAGUGGGAGGUAUAUCAUGACCAGGGACUAUCUCACCGUUAAAGUCUGGGAUCUCAACAUGGAAAAUCGCCCCAUUGAGACCUACCAGGUGCAUGACUACCUCCGCAGCAAGCUGUGCUCCCUCUACGAAAACGACUGCAUUUUUGAUAAAUUUGAAUGUGUGUGGAACGGUUCAGACAGUGUCAUCAUGACGGGCUCCUACAACAACUUCUUCAGGAUGUUCGACCGCAACACCAAGCGUGACGUGACCCUGGAGGCCUCGAGGGAAAACAGCAAACCCCGGGCCAUCCUCAAACCCCGCAAAGUGUGUGUGGGAGGCAAGCGGAGAAAAGACGAGAUCAGCGUCGACAGUCUGGACUUUAGCAAAAAGAUCUUGCAUACAGCUUGGCAUCCCUCAGAAAACAUCAUAGCAGUGGCGGCUACCAAUAACCUAUACAUAUUCCAGGACAAGGUUAACUAGGAGGACAAGUCAUUACGUAAUUAUCUCACAUACUGAAUACUAGUCCAACGAGUUUUUACAUGUUUCUUUGGGUCUUCAUUUGAUGCAUUGACUUUAAUUUCCCUAAGCAGAAAACAAUUGGAAUAGCAUUAAAAGGAGUUCAACUUUCCCAGCACCCCAGUCCUGAGAAACUUUUGUCAAAUCCAAUAGGUUUGGGACACUUCUGUGUAGAGUCGAGAGCUGCCGGCUAACAGACUGGAAUUUCGGAUGCUUUUAUUGCCCAGUUUUCUCUGGUGGGUCCAGUGUUUUGUUUCUAGGUGUCUGCUGCGAUACAAUAAGGUUGUCUGUAGUAUUUAAGGAGAAAAGAGGUACUUUUUGUUUUUUUAAGUAAGCGAUUCCACUUGAUUGAAAAAAAACCGAAACAAAAAAUAAACACCGUUUACUCUUACAGAAA